UCCUCCCGCCUCUCCCCCCUCUCCCGCAGCUCCGCAGUCCGGCGCAGCCCCGGCCGGAGAAAAUGGCGGAUCGCGCCGAGAUGUUCUCGCUCUCCACCUUCCACUCGCUGUCCCCGCCCGGCUGCCGGCCCCCCCAGGACAUCAGCCUGGAGGAGUUCGAUGACGAGGACCUGUCCGAGAUCACGGACGACUGCGGCAUCGGCCUCAACUACGACUCUGACCACUACGAGAAGGACUGCCUGGUGCUGGAGCGCGGGGAGCAGCCGCACCCCGUGUGCACCUUCCAGGACGACUUCCAGGAGUUCGAGAUGAUCGACGACAACGACGACGAUGACGACGAGGAAGAGGAGGAGGAGGAAGGCAACGAGCUGGAGGCGCCGCCGUCCCCUUCGGCCUCGCCCAUCCCCUCGCCCGCGCUGGAGGAGACGCAGAAGCAUCGCCCCACCAGCCUCAACCUGACAGCCCCGGGCACACAGGACUCCCUGAACAACAACGGCGGCUUCGCGGCCCGGCCCAGCUGGCAGGAGGCGCUGCUGCAGCGCUCUUCCUCCUCCUCCUCCUCCUCACACACCGGACACUCGUCCCCCCACGCCUGCAUCCUGGACGGACCCUGCCUGGAGAGCCCGCCGGGCCCCGGCGGGGGGGCUCCCCCCUCGCUGCCGCCCUCCCCCCUGGACUCGCAAGGCAACAGCCCCGAGUCCCUGGCACAUGGACCCGCGGCUCCCCCCGACGCCGCCCCCGGUCCGCCCCAGGCCGCCCCCCAGGCCCCCACGCAGCCCCGGGCAGGCGGUGGAGGCAGCCCGGGGUCCCCCCGCCCGCGGCCGCAGCCCCCGGUGAGGCCGGAGCGGGACGGGGCUCCCGCGGAGCCGCUCAGCUCCGACGGGGAGGGUCCCCGGUCCGGCCGGGCCGCCAGCGUGCGCGGCCACCCCUCGGGCUCCUCGGAGACCACCUCGCCCUCCUCGGACCCGGGCAUCGAGGCCGACCUCAGGAGCCGCACGGCCAAGCCCUUCCUGCCCGGCGGGCGCCGCGGGGACGAGCUGAGCUCGCCCGGCUCCGACUCGGACGUGGACGGGGAGCUGGAGGCGGCUUUCGCCGGCGGGCGCCUGGUCAGCAACAUGAUCUCGUCCAUCUCGGAGACCGAGCUGGACCUGAGCAGCGACAGCAGCAGCGGCCGCUCCUCGCACCUGACCAAUUCCAUCGAGGAGGCGAGCUCGCCCGGCUCCGAGGGCGAGCUGGAGCCCGAGCUGGAGGCGCCCGGCCUGCUGGGCAUCAAGGACUCGCUGCUGCUGGACAAGGGCAAGGAGGACGAGGAGGAGCCGGCCGAGAGGGGCCAGCAGGAGCGCGGCAUGGUCAGGAGGGAGAGCCUGGCCGAGCUGAAGAUGGACGCCUACUACGACAGCCUGGACCCGGCCGACGGCCCCGCGCCCGAGGGCCAGACCGACGUGUCCGGCGCCAGCCCCCUGGACCUGAAGAUCGACCCCGACCACGGCCUGGAGAGCAUCCGCCGCUCCUUCUACCUGCCCGUGGGGCCCAAGCUGAUGCCCGAGGCGGACGAGGAGGACAACAGCGAGUACGACUCCGACUCGGAGUCGGAGCCCGACCUGAGCGAGGACUCGGACUCGCCGUGGCUGCUCAGCAACCUGGUGAACAAGAUGAUCUCGGAGGGCUCGUACCCCAUCAAGUGCCCGGACGAGUGUUUCCAGAACAGCCACUCGCUGUGCGACACCAUCUCGCCCGCCUCCGACCUGGAGCCCGAGAUCCUGAGCGAGGCGCUGGACGAGGAGCCAGGCCGGCGGGACUCGCCGGUGGCGCUGGGCGACGCGGCGGCGCCGGCGUCGGCGUCGCGGUGCCAGCGCGGCGCCAUCGAGCUGGUGGACAUGGAGACGCUGCGCAGCUCCCUGGCCGAGGCCGAGCACGCGGCCGCCGAGCCGCCGCCGGAGCCGCCGGCCGAGGAGCCGGGGCCUUUCCUCUUCCUCAGCAACCCCACCAACGACACCAUCGCUCCCGUGUGCCCCGGCCGCCCCGUCGCCCUCGGCCGCCUGGACGCCUCCGAGGUCCUGGCCACCUUGGGCUGCCGCCCGGCGCCGCCGCCACCGCGGGCGUCCCCGGGCACCGAGCCGGCCGUCGCCGCCGGGGAUCGCCGCCCCGCCAGCCCCCGGCGCUGGGCCCUCGACGCCGACCUGGACUCGGGCGUGCUGGAGGCCGACUCCAUGAUCGACGACGUCCGGUUAGCGCCCGACGCCGACCCCGCCGCGCUGGACGUGUCCACCGCCAAGACCAACCGCGGCUUCGCCAUGACCUUGGAGGAAGCCGAGCCGGCCUUGGUGGCCUCGCGCCGGGGGAGCCCGGCCGGGGAGGCGCCGGAGCCGCCGGAGCCGCCGGCGCUGGACGAGUCGCUGGCCUACGACUCGGUCAAGUACACGCUGGUGGUGGACGAGCACACGCAGCUGGAGCUGGUCAGCCUGCGGCGCUGCACCUCCGUGCUCAGCGACGACAGCGACAUCCUGCGGGCCUGCGACGACGAGGUGGCCUUCGGGGACGGGCUGGUGGCCCCCGACGGCCGCAGCUCCUCCGAGGACUCGUCCCCCGAGGCCGACCUGCAGUUCUCCAAGAAGUUCCUCAACGUCUUCGUCAACAGCACCUCGCGCUCCUCCAGCACAGAGUCCUUCGGGCUGUUCUCGUGCACGGUGAACGGUGAGGAGCGGGAGCAGACCCACCGGGCCGUCUUCAGGUUCAUCCCGCGCCACGAGGACGAGCUGGAGCUGGACGUGGACGAUCCCAUCCUGGUGGAGCUGGAGGAGGACGAUUACUGGUACCGCGGCUACAACAUGCGGACGGGCGAGCGCGGCAUCUUCCCGGCAUUCUACGCCCACGAGGUGGUGGGACAGGCCCGCGACGUCAUCGGAGGAAUUUUGGGUGUGGCCGAGGCGCCAACCAAGAUGGGCUCCAAGUGA